UAUAGGAUUUUAUACGUGGCCAAUGGAUGCGGCCAUAACGGUGUAGACUACCGGAAAAUACAAGACAAAUCCAAUCUGAAAAAUCUGAUCUAUUUUACAAUCAUCUAUUUGUAGAAACUCAAUAGAAAUGAAGCAUAGAUAUUUUUUCUUAUUUAUAUUUAUGAUACUGAUUUCUAUGAUAUGCUGCGAUGAACAUGAUCACACUUACAAAGAUGGUGAAGAAGUAGUUCUGUGGAUGAACACUGUUGGACCAUACCAUAACAGACAAGAAACAUACAGCUAUUUUUCACUACCCUUUUGCAGAGGGGAGAAAAAGAGUAUAAGUCAUUAUCAUGAAACAUUGGGCGAGAAUCUCCUUGGAGUUGAAUUGGAGUUUAGUGGCAUUGACAUUGAUUUCAAAGGUGAUUUUAGUCACACAGAGUAUUGCUCCAUUGAACUAUCAGAUGAAAAAUAUCAAGCGUUUAUGUAUGCAGUCCAGAAUCAUUACUGGUAUCAAAUGUACAUAGAUGAUCUCCCUAUAUGGGGCAUUGUUGGUGAAGUGGAUGAAGGUGGGGAUGGCCAUUAUAUAUGGACUCACAAAAAGUUUGACAUUGGCUACAAUGGACCCUAUAUUGUGGAUGUUAAUCUUACAUCAGAAGCCAAAGUAAAGUUAAAACCUGGAAUAAGGAUACCUUUUACCUAUGAGGUAAAGUGGCACACAUCAAAAGUAAAUUUUGAAGACAGGUUUGAUAAAUACCUAGAUCCAAAUUUCUUUCAACACAGGAUCCACUGGUUCAGCAUUUUCAAUUCUUUUAUGAUGGUUAUCUUUCUUGUCGGUCUUGUUAGUAUGAUUCUUAUGAGAACAUUACGAAAGGAUUAUGCACGCUAUAGUAAAGAGGAGGAUUUAGAUGACAUGGAAAAGGAUUUAGGUGAUGAAUAUGGGUGGAAGCAAGUUCAUGGGGAUGUAUUUCGUCCAGCUUCAAACUCUUUGCUAUUUUCUGCACUUAUUGGUACAGGCUACCAUAUUGCUGUUGUUACAUUGUGUGUCAUUUUAUUCACAAUAGUUGGCGAGUUAUACACUGAGCGUGGAUCACUGUUAAGUACAGCCAUUUUUGUUUAUGCAGCAACUAGUCCAGUGAACGGCUACUUUGGAGGUAGCUUGUAUGCAAGAAUGGGAGGUAAACUUUGGAUCAAGCAAAUGGUUGUUAGUGCUUUUAUGAUGCCUGCCGCAAUCUGUGGAACUGCAUUUUUCAUAAAUUUUAUAGCCAUCUAUUAUCACGCUUCUCGUGCAAUUCCUUUCACAACCAUGGUUGCUGUGACUUGCAUCUGUAUCUUUGUAAUUCUUCCACUGACAUUGGUUGGAACUGUACUAGGGAGAAAUUUAGCAGGUCAGCCUGACUAUCCAUGCCGGAUAAAUGCUGUACCAAGACCAAUUCCGGAAAAGAAAUGGUUUAUGGAACCAGCUGUUAUAACAGUUUUAGGAGGAGUUUUGCCUUUUGGUUCAAUCUUCAUUGAGAUGUAUUUUAUUUUCACUUCCUUUUGGGCGUACAAGAUUUACUAUGUUUAUGGAUUCAUGCUACUGGUCUUCCUAAUUCUGACUGUUGUUACAAUCUGUGUCACCAUUGUGUGCACUUACUUCCUAUUGAAUGCUGAAGACUAUCGAUGGCAGUGGACAAGUUUCAUGGCUGCAGCUUCAACAUCUGGAUAUGUGUACAUCUACUCAUUUUAUUACUUUUUCUUUAAAACUAAAAUGUAUGGGCUAUUUCAAACAAGUUUCUACUUUGGAUAUAUGGCUUUAUUCAGUUUGUCACUUGGAGUAAUGUGUGGAACAUUUGGCUACAUUGGAACAAGUAUAUUUGUUAGGAAGAUUUACUCAACAGUGAAAAUUGAUUAGUCCAUUGUUUAUACCUUUAAAGGAAUUGCAAACUUACACUAAUUUUAUUUUAUGUAUGUAUAUAUAUAUAUAUAUAUAUAUAUAUAUAUAUAUAUAUAUAUAUAUAUAUAUAUAUAUAUAUAUAUAUAUAUAUAUAUACCUAGAUGAUAGCAAAAAAGCCCUAGUAUAGUAGGCUAUAGGAAUUUUACAGAUUUGUCUGAUUCUUUGUUGGUUGGGGUGGUGAAGAAAGGAAGGCAUGAACAGUAUACCAGAUCUUAUUUAUUGUGCCUUAAUUGUUAGUGGUUAUUUUUAAGUUACAAAAUUAAAUUUUCAAUCAUAAAAUUGUUUUUUUUUUAGUUUGGACAUGGGUACAAGUGGCAAAGCUACAUAUCAUUAAAAAAAAAAUUAUUAACAGAUAACUCUUAAAAGAUGAGUACUGGAAAGAUUUUUUUUUAAAUAAUUUCUUCCACAUUUGUUUUUAAAAUUGGUACAAGAAAAUGGAAUCAUUUAACCUUAUUCCAUGCAGUGCCUUGAUAUCCAUGUUUUUGUUUACUUCAAUUUUAGUUAUACUUGGGGUCUUCUAAUAAAUUAUCAGAAUAUUUACUUAACACAAUUUAAUGGCUUCUUUUUUUUUUCUUUACUAGUUUUUGUUCUGACUAAAAUUGCUCUGGUUUUGUUCUUUAAUAUUGAACUAUUCAAAUAUUGAGUUACUAGUUUUUCUGUUAUCAAAAGUAAAAGUGAUUUUUUUCUACCCCUUUUCAUAUGAAUGUUUAUAAAAAUUUAGCUCAUGUUUUUUUUUUUACAUAUAUUUAUGCAUUUUAGAAUAUAACAGUCACAGAUCACUAUGUGAAGUUUUGUCUGUUGAGGAGUAGUAAUGAAGUUAGGGUUUUCUUAAAAACAACACCAAAUGAUUAACUCCUGUUAAAAUGUAAAACAUAUCUGGAUAUUUGCUAAGCAUUAUAAACUAACUUUGAAGUAUGGGUGAUUAUAUCGCUUUGCAUAUUUAAAUAUAAAGAUAAAAGUUAUCUUUAUUAAUCUUGAUCUGUGGUGUUCUUUAUUGCAGUAUUUUCUUUAAAAAGUGAUUUAUUUCAGUGACUUGUAUAUAAUGUUUUGUAAUUUGUAUAUAUAGGUGAUCAAUUUUUAUCUACCAUUUAAUUGUUUUGCUAUUUAUUUUGCAAUUAUUAUUAAGACUGAAUUUAUGCUUUAUAGUUGAAAAAUUUCUCAGUUAAGCUGUUUCAAAAAGAAAAUUCAUUCCCAUAUUGUCAAGGUAAUACUUAUAUACUAUUGUGCAAUCUUAACUAUUUUUACUAAGCAGGUUUUAAAAUUCUUGAUUAUUAUGGUUUGUGCAUAAACUUUAAAUACAUUUUAUGAGAUAACAAAGGAGCACAAACAUACGGAAACAAUGAUUGAAUAAUGCUUUUCAUACUCAUUUUAUUGCAUUUUUUAAUAUAAAAAAAAAACAUUUAACACUUUUUUCAGAGGUCAAUACAUUCCGUCUAAAAUUAUGUGCUGGUUUUCCCCCUAGAUUUGAGUUAUAUUUUAGUAACUAUAUCUCUAAUUUGUGAGGUGAAACAUUGGUGGUUCUGUAUAAAAUUUAGUUUGGGUUAAUUCAAAGGUUUUCAGAAAUAAAAUAAUAUUAAUAUUGGUGGUUAUUAUAAUACCCUUGUGAUAUAAAUGAUCUAAUAAAAAGUGAUUUUUUUUUUUUUUAAAUAAAACAUUGUUUACUGGUUCUGUUUUGAAAGUGUAGAAUAUUUGAAGCAAUGGGGGUUGGUUACACUUGUUGGUAUAUAUAGUUGUUUGAUACAAAUUAUGGUUAGUCAUUUGUAUAUAUUACCUUUAUUUAUGCACAUUUAGGUUAGCCACAUAAUCCUACCUUUUUCAUGACAUUUUUUUUCUCAAUUACCAUCGAGUCUAUACCUUAAUUUCAUUUUUUAUAUAGUAGUGAGUUAUGUUUUAAAAAAGCAGUUUUAAUUUUUUUAAGGAUUAUUUUAAAUUAAAAGUUCAAUGCAGUUAUAGAUUUACUAUAACAAUUUCCUGAACUACAUGUUUUUAAUACCUAACAAUAACAUUUGACAAAUACAGAACCUACUAUUGAUUUGUUUGAUGAGAAAAUAUACAAGACAGUUUUUUUUUUUUUAAAUAGGCAUUAAACAAAAGUAUUAAAAGGUUGGCUUAUUAGUACACUGAUCGUGCUCUGAAAAGGAAUUUUUAUGUCGAGAAUAAAAUAAUUGAAUUGUUUAAAACAAAAUCUAAAGCUUGGGUUAAUAUAAUUUUAUGAUGGUUUAAGUAAUAUCCUGUUAUUUUGUACAUAAUAGCAUGGUUAAUAAGAGGUAGACACAUAAAGUUAGCUUUUUUUUUUGUUCUUUGUUAAAACAAUAUUCAAUAUUUAAGUUAAUUAUUUUACAAUUUAGUGAUAGUCAAUGUUGAGGACUAAAGAGUUUUCCAAAUAGAAUCUCCAUAGGAGAAGGCACAAUGUCUGGAUGUGAUGUUCAAGACAUUUUAAAACCAUGAUUUAGGUAUCAGACUUACUCUCCAGUCUCUAGUGGGUGCAGUCUUUUCAACUGCUACCAACAAGGGGAUGUAAAAAAAAAUUCCAUUUCUGCACGGUUCAAAAACACCAUAUUAUAUUGAGGGUUUCUAUUUUUAUUUUCACUGCUAGAUCUAUUAUUAUGUAGAUACAAAAUCAAUAUUUUUACAGAUAAUUUAUUUUCCUUUACUAUUUUACUCCAAUAUUGUUAGAACAUAUUGCGAUUUAUUCUGCUGAAAUUAACUGAGGUAGAACUAUUUCAAUUCCAAUGGUGCUUUUUUUUUUUUCUUAAAGGUGGUGUGUAUGUGUAAACUAAUAUUGAUUUGUCUACAUAAGGAAUAUGAUGCUAGAAUGCAACAAUGAAAAACACUAUCAAGAUAUGGAGUACAACUUUUGUAAAUAGGCCUAAUCAUGUUGUGUAUAUGUAAUAUAUAGAAAUUAGGUUUUGUCAGUGGAAAAAAAAAUAAUCCCACUUAACUGAAGAAAGCUAUGUAAAUUAUUAGAGUAAUUUUAAACUGCAAAUAUAAAUUGUAGUUAAAAUCUAUUCAAAUUUAAUGAAGUAAUAAAUGAGGUAUUUUCAGGAAAUUUCAGUAUUCAGUAAUUUGCAUCAGUCUUGCUUUUUGGUUAUUUUAUUUACCAUAGACAGUGGUUCUUUCAGGCAUCCCCAUCGGCAUAUUGCACGGACCCCUCCUCUUCUCCUCCUUCCCCACCACCACACACACAAUCUCAAAGAAAUAGAACAAAUAUUACAUUUAUAAAGAAAUAUUUAACUUCUUCCCCCUUCCUUGAGUAAAUGUCUGAAAGAAACCCUGACCAUGGGCAGAGUGUUUUAAUUUAGAUCUAUAUAAAAUGUGUAAUAAUAAUUAACUUGUCUUGUAAUUAAAUUGUUUCUUAAUAAUAAACUUUGUUACAGUAAUGUAA